CUCCCCCCCCUCCCCCCACGCUCCCCCCAUCGCCUUCCUCCUCUUGUCCCCACAUGCCGCACGACGGUCAAGCGCCGGAGGGGAGGAAGCGCACACGCGCUCCUGGCCCCGAUGCCGAUCCCUCUCACGCCCACCGGCCCAAACGCCGGCUCGACCAGACGGCCCACAUUGAGGGCCUUCUCCGGCGCUGGGUCGCCGGCAGCUACCCCGGCCUGGGGGAGAGGGCCGCGCGCUUGGCGGCUGGCCCUGGUGCCAGCUCGCGGCGCGAUGUAUGGCCGCCGCUCGCCGAGCUGGCCGAGAAGUGGCGCGCCUCGACCGAGGCGGCCGACCUCCCCUCGGGCCCGGCGGCCGACGACCGGCAGAAGCGCCUGCUGGAGCUGGCUUUGCGCCGGCUUCUAAAUGAAGCUGUGCGCGCCAGCCCCGGCGCCCCGUUCCUGGCUACCGCCUACCUGGAUGUGGCCUUGCUGAUUGCCGAGUCCGGCCGCGCGGCCUACGACCUGCCCCUGGCCCUGGCAGCCGAACUGAUGGCCAUGCUCAGCCUAUCGGCCGCCGAGAGGACCUUCGGCUGGCUCGAAGCCCGGCAGGAUGCCUUCGACUUUCGCCAGAAGAACAUCAAGCCCGAGCCGACCAUCCUCAUUCUCCUGCGCAUGAUCAAUGAUCUGAUUCGGCGGCCCGCUGGGCCGGACUUCUCCGUGCGCAUUCGCCUGCUGGCAUCGCGCUUCUUGCCGCUGCACGAGCGCUCCGGCACCAACCACCAUGGGGCCUACUUCCGGGGCGACACCCCGGUCCCCGGGCCGGCGGAGCGUCCCGAGCGCCCGACCCCCUCCUACAAGGGCCCGGCCGAGUGGGACCCUGUGGGGGGUCCGAAUGAGGGCGGCCGCGGCUCGGUCGCCGGCCGUGGGUCCGGCUCCAGCCCGGCCGCCCCCUUUGUCAGCGCCGACCAGGCGUUUGCGGCCUUCUGCUCGGUGCAAGCCGCCUUUUCCCAGUCGCUGCGGCAACUCACGGCAUCUGGCAUCCUCAGUGAGCUCAUGAAUAUCCGCACGAUCCUCGGCUUCUUCCACUACCAAACCACCACCAAUGACGAGAGCGCAAUCCGGCGCCCGGCACGGGUGCACAGCGUGGCGGACUUCAUCACCGCCGCCCGACGCCUGAUCUCCGAGGACCCGUCGCGCGACGGCCAGAUGCCCGGCAGCCCCGACCCCGAGCCUCGGGCCAGUCGACUUGCCAGCGAGGCCGAACGCGCGUCCGGCAUCCUCCCCAGCUGGCAUCUGGCCCCGCGGUUCAUCCUCCUGCCGCAUUUGUUCCCCCUGCAGGCUAGCAAUGCGGACUUCCGUUUGCAGUUCUUCAUCCAGGCCCUGGUGUUCCUGGACUCCGUGCUGGCGCUGUGCCCUGCCGCCCGGUCGGCCGGCCCCGAGGCCGAAGGCACCUCCGCCGACGGCCCGGCCCCGGUCAAGGCCCCCUCGCACAUCAACCGGGCCAUGGUCGUCCGGCUGAGUCUGACAUCCGAGCAUGCGGACCUGGCCGCGGAGCUAACCAGCCGCAUUCACGCCAUCCUCGAGACCGAUGAGGGGCCGGCCAUGCCGAACCUCGGGACCCUGCUCGAGCACCUGACAUUCAACGAGCAACACUGGAUCCAAUGGAAAAACAACAAUUGCCCGCCGGUGGAGCUGCCUGCCACUCCGGCGGUGGCCUUCGCCCUGGGCCAGGAGGUCCUCCGGCAGCCGGUCCCCCCUCCGGGGACCACGCGCGACGCCGGCGACCUGGAAGCCGAGCUGGCCGAAACCGACCCCACCUACCGGCUCAACGCCCGGGCCGUGGACCUGGGCUCGGAGCAUUUGAACACCCUCUGGGGAACAACGCGCGACCCGUUGGCUGCCCUGAGGGACACCUCCUUCCAUGUGCCUGGGCUGGAGGACCUGCUAAAUGAGCAGAAUGCCGAUGCUCGGACCAUUGUCCAGACGGAAUUGUCCACCUGGCGCACCAUGCGCCAGCUUCUGCAAUCGCGCCAGGCCAUGGUCAACAACUACUGGCGCGACCUGUGGUCCUAUGAGGGCCGGCGCAGCAAGCAGAUCUUGGCCCAGCUAAAGAAGGACGAUGUUCCGCCCGGGGACCAGACGCAAUUUGAAGCGGCCCUCGGUCGGGCUGCCAACCGGGCCGUGUGCCCGUCGUACGCGGUGCCGAUUGGCGGGGCAUUCUUCCCGAAUUUGCAAACACCGCGCCGGGCCCAGCGCGAUCCGGUCACCACCCCGGCCCCCGAUGCAUGAUCGUCGCCCUGCGGACGAGCAACAGCCCCGGCACAUGCACAGGGCACAUGCCAACCAAAAAAAAGCAGACAAAAUACAUGUGAAAGCACCCGCCCCA